AUCUAUUCAUAGUAAUUUUUGCAUGCACGAGUGAUUUGGCGCUUACUAUAAAUAGUGUUCCAGGCGUGUUUUUGGUCAUUGCGAAGUUCGUUAGAAGAUUCCAAGGACAUACGUUAUAGUGUCCAGGAUAAGAAUAUGUGCGAUUCGGAGAAAAAUGAAUCACAGAACAAUGUCCAUAAUCCAAUUAUUUUAGAACCAAGGAAUUCUGACGAUAGAGAUUUUGACGCCACAGACGCAGUUAGGCUUUUCAACCGGCGUAUUGAAACUGCACUAGAAAAACAACGAGUCGCCAUUGUAUCUAAAAUACAAGAAAAAUUCCAGUAUAAAAGUGCUGAUUCCUGUGAUUUACAGAGUGAAGGUAACAAAAUUCAGUUCAAAUUCAAUGAAGAAAGGCUCCGAGCUCUGGAUUUGAUUGAGAAAAAGUUGUCUAUAAACGACAUUGGUGAAAUUUUUGUAAUCAUUAACAAAGAAAUAGAAGCUUUACACCACAGGAAUAAAAUUCUGCGUAUAGCCGAUAAACAUGGCUGGGAUACCGUUAAAGAGUACACUGACUCUGAUUUGGCUGAUAAUCCUGAGGACGCAUCUAAACUCCGUGCCGCCAUUUCUAGAGCAGCCGCAAAGAAGAGAAGAUACUUACCUUACAGUAAAGAGCCUCAGUCGACCAAGCCCGGGAUUUUCGACGGUCUCACCCCUAGACAGCUUUUUCGCGGGAAUGCGGGAUUUCAGCAGUACACAGGGUACAAUCAAAAGUAUAACAACAGGGCCAAUCCUUCAUACUUCAGACCCAACUACCAAGUGCCGGGAAACAACGUCAUUUGCCUGUACUGUCAACUCCCCGGGCAUUUCGCAAAAUUCUGCCCCUACACAGACCUACAGCAAAGAGUACGGCCAAUCAGAGUUCCCGAGGCCACAGCAACCUCAGAUUCCACAGAACCCAGAAAACAGUAAAGUUGAGUAUUGUGCUGAAUUUUGUUUGCUCGAUGUUAAGUCAGAUUUUGAGAACACAAGUUCUGUAAAAGAUCGCU